UGUACAUUUUGUUUAUAUCUUCUUUAAGGGGUUGAGGAUCACCACCUGCCCUGCUUCCUUGAUGUCCAAACUCUCGGUCUCAGAUGAAAUUUGCUUGCCUAAUGCAGCUGCCCCAGAAUAGCAACCGUCUUAGCUGCCCCCUUCUCCAAACUUGAGCCUCCAAGUCAACCCUUGCAUCUCCUUAUUGAGUGCCAGCGGUGGGAUGGGGGGGCCGAAGUCAGGGACCCUGCCCCCCUCCACCGCCGACUGGGCCUCGCCUCCAGGCCGACCCCUGGCCAAUGGGCAGGCCAAGCGGAUCAUAUGUCACUAUAACAGAAGGACAUAAUCAGCGCGGUUGCAAAGUCCACUGUCACCAUGUCUGACACUGAGGAAGUUGAUCAGGUCGAGGCUGUAGAAGAGGAGGUAGUAGAGGAAGUAGAGGUGGCCCCUGAGGCGGCCCCUGAGCCAGAGGCAGAGCCAGAGCCAGAACCAGAGCCAGAGCCAGAACCAGAACCAGUGGUAGAACCAGAGCCAGAACCAGAACCAGAGCCAGAGGCUGAGGCUGAGCCUGAAGAGGCCGUUGAAGAGGAAGAGGAAAAGCCAAAGUUCAAGCCCAGCGCUCCAAAGAUUCCCGAUGGUGAGAAAGUGGACUUUGAUGACAUCCAGAAGAAACGUCAGAACAAGGAUCUGGUCGAGCUGCAAGGCCUGAUCGAUGCUCACUUUGAGUGCAGGAAGAAGGAGGAGGAGGAGCUGAUUGCUCUCAAGGACAGAAUUGAGAAGCGUCGCGCCGAGAGGGCUGAGCAGCAGAGGGUCCGCGCUGAAAAGGAGAAGGAGCGUCAGGCCAAACGUGAGGAGGAGAGGCGGAUGAGGGAGGACAGGGAUGCCUCCAAGAAGGCAGAUGAAGAAGCGAAGAAGAAGUCAGCUCUGUCCAGCAUGGGCUCCAACUACAGCAGCCACCUGCAGAGAGCUGACCAGAAGAGAGGAGGCAAGAAGGAGACUGAGAGAGAGAAGAAGAAGAAGAUCCUGGCCGCCAGACGCAAGCAGCUGAACAUCGACCACCUGAACGAAGACAAGCUGAAAGAUAAGAUCAAUGAGCUGCACGAAUGGAUGACCCAGCUGGAGUCUGAGAAGUUCGACCACAUGGAGAGACUGAAGAGGCAGAAGUAUGAGGUGAGAACCGCCGUCCCUCUCCUCUUAAUCUUCAUUAUGUUUAGUGGUUUGUUAUUCUCGCCAGAGCUGCUCAACCUGACCUUAAGAGCCUACAGUAAAAAUGUCUUGUUUCUACAAUACUGUAUAUUUUCAUACUUUUUAACUUACAGAUAUUUAGUGGAAGAAAAACACUUUAGGAAAAUCGGCAUACUGUGUUCUAGUUUGAAAAUACAGCUUUAAUUAUUAAUUAAUUCAUUAAUUUUGGUCUGACUUACUGCACAGAAAAACAUUUACAUUUGUUAUAUAUAUUAAAUCAGGUCAAGUUUUCCUUAUGAAAAUUAUUAUAAUUAUAUUAAUGAUAUUAUAAUUAAUUAUUAAAUACUCUAAUUACAAUUAUUAACAACCAUUGUGAUAAUGUAUGAAUACAGCUGAGUGUCAGAACUCAGCUGUGUCAGAACUGUCCUGUUCUUGUUUAAAUCAUAAAUUUAGUAGUAUUUUAUCUUAAAAUAGUUCCUGUUCUGGGAGAAUUUAGCAUUGGAUAAUCUUGGGAUCUCUUGCUUAUUUGAAAAAUGUAUUUAUAUUUCUUUUUUUAAUGAAGAAAAAUUGUUUUGUCAGAAUGCAAUGUGUCCAGUUAUACAUGCACAUUAUUAACAUAUUUAUCCACAGCUUUGUCCUCGGUAUGUACUCUGAAUUCUGCACUCUGAUCUACACAUUUAAAACUAGCAGAUAAAAAGCAAGAAGUUCUUUCCAACUGUACCAGCUAUUCGUUGUUGUUGUUAUUUUUGUUGUUGCCGUUGGCGACCCUGAGGCCAGUGCCCAGUUAAGCGAACUUUCGGGUGUGAACCCUCGAUGUGCUCUUUGAUUCCCUCCAGGUUACAACCCUGCGUAAGAGAGUGGAGGAGCUCAGUAAAUUGUAAGUAGAGCUGAGCAGUAGGGCCGUUUUGCCUGCCAGCUUCAGGCUCGCUGCAUGUUAGCAUGAAGGACGGUCAGUAAGAACCACAGCGCCUCCCGCUGGCCCAGAGUGGACUCAAGACACUACCAAUAAGGGACAAAAAAAAAAGAAAAGAGUU